AUGACCCAAAUUACCUCCGCCAGCCUUCAAAAGAUUCCUCUCUCUUACGCCUCAUGUUCGAUUGGCUGCAGUCCAACUGAUACACUCCCCCGCAGACUGGAAGUCAUCGCUGCAGCGGGCUUCACCGCAAUCGAGCUAUCCUUCCCAGACAUCCUAGACUAUGGCGCCCACAUCACCGGCCGCAAAAUCGCUCCGAACAAUUAUCCAGAGUUACUCCCCGUAGCAGAUCAGAUCCGCAAACUGUGCGAAGAAAACAAACUGUCAAUCAUGAUGCUCCAGCCAUUCUCCAACUUCGAAGGUUGGCACAAGGGUUCAGUAGAGCGCGAAGAAGCAUUCGCACGAGCAACAGGAUGGAUGGAGAUCAUGCAUGUUGUCGGGACCGACUUGCUACAGGUCGGAGCAACAGAUACACCAACAGACCUCCCGAACUUCCACUGCAACAAAGAAGAAAUAAUCUGCGAUCUCCGCACGCUCUCAGAUCUGCUCUCGAAGCGCAAAUACUGUCUUGCGUACGAGAACUGGUGCUGGUCCUCCCACGCUCCAGACUGGAAAGGCGUCUGGGAAAUCGUCAAGGCGGUCGAUCGCCCGAACUGCGGCCUCUGCCUUGACACAUUCCAAACGGCCGGCAGUGAAUGGGGGGAUCCAACGACCUCCUCGGGUUUAAUGAAAAAUGUCUCAAAAGAAGAAUUGAAGACGCGAUUCCAUGCGAGCAUGGAUGAGCUGGCGAGGACUGUUCCUGCGGAGAAGAUUUAUUUGCUGCAGAUCUCGGAUGCGUAUAAGGUUUCGCCACCGCUGGAGGAUAAGGUGAUUGGGGGGUUAAGGGCGAGAGGCCGGUGGAGUCAUGACUAUCGGCCUAUGCCGUAUGAUGGUGGAUAUUUGCCCAUUGAGGAUGUUGCGCGUGCGGUGUUGAGGACUGGGUUCCGGGGUUGGUUUUCCAUGGAAAUCUUUGAUAGUGGACCGGGCGGUUCUGGGAAGAAGUAUGAGAUGGGGUCUUAUGCUAAUCGAGCUAUGGAGAGUAUGCAGGCUUUGUUGAAAAAUUGUGCUACAGAUUGA